CUUAUUGCAAUCAACAUCUUUGAUCAUCUUUGAGAACGUCCAUUUUUACUUUCGCACCUGGCUGUUCUAUUUAAUUGUCCUCACCACGCCUCCCUGUCAAAUGUGUUCUUUUAAUUUUAGGCCCGACCUUGCUUUCUUUGCAAUUUAACCAUAAGUACUUCGAAAAUACUUCUUAAAAGUGUUUGGCUUUAAACGAGUUCCAAAGAAAGCGUGUACAAAUUUAAGCCAGCUAGAGAAAUCAUAGAAGUUCUAGUGAUCAGAAGAGCUAAUCAGUGUCACCUAAAUGAUUGAGUCUAGGUGUAUAACAAUAAUAAACUUUUUGGAAUUUAAUAUCUGCAGAAAAAGAAGUCUACAACUCAUGGUAAAAACUUGAAUGGGCCACUGAACUUGAAGAACAACAUUUAGAUGGCAGUGGCAAGCUAACAGUAAACCAUGAAGUAGUCACCUUAAACAUAAUAUACAGAAUGCAGUACCAGGGAAGUGUUCAGAACUUGUCUCGUCAAACGAGUCAACAUUCACUAUCUCAACCACAAAGUCAUGAUCACCAAUAUCAACAACAGUAUUCAUUAGGGAGACAGAGAGCAGGAGGUCAGCCGUCACCAUACGUAUCACGCCGAGGAGAGGAUGACAGACGAUCACAUGACCAAGUCUAUCGUGAUGAUAGAAAUGCAUCAAACAGUAGUAAUUUGGGCAAAGUGGAUAAUUUAUCUAUGGAAAGAAAUCAAAGACAUCCUGAACAAAGUUCUUAUCGCAAUGAAUCACUGCCUAGGCAUACUGCUGGUGAACCACAUCAGUCAUAUCCACACGGUCAUUCAGGUGAUCCAAGACAAAACCUGUCUUACGAAUCAAGAUCGUCAGAACAAAAUGAAGGAGGUCGUGAUAGGUAUGAUCCUAGAGUGGCAAGACAUGCAAGUCAACGUUCUAUGAAUUAUCCAGAUUCACGUGAACAAGCAGGACAUAACAUGUCAAGAGAAAGUCACGAUCCCAGUGUCGCACGACAUGAAAGUCAGAGAUCAUUGAAUUAUACAGAUCAACAGCAUCACCAGUCUUCUCAUGCAUCUCAUUCCCGUUUGCCAACAGAAUCUCCAUAUAUGUCAAGACGACAGGAACCAUCUGCUAGAGGUUCACAAAGUCAGAUGUCUCCAGCGCCUCAAAGACAACAAGAGUAUUUCCCUAAUGUAUCAACUCAUCAGACAAUGCCAGCCACCACCUUGCAGAGAGAUCCUCCGUCUCGACAGCCUCCAUCACCUCAUGAUGCACAGGGUCAGGGUUCAAGGUCACAGCAAGAUAUUCCACCUUCACCUUAUAUGUCUAGACACCAAGGAGGUCCAGCAGAUUCACCAUAUAUGUCAAGACACCCAAGUCAAAGAUCAGUUGGACAGAGGAGUGAUAUUCCUCAACAAUCAAAUGUUUCAAGACAUGAAAGUCAAAGAUCAGUUGGACAAAGGAGUGAUAUUCCUCAACAAUCAAAUGUUUCAAGACAUGAAAGUCAAAGAUCAGUAGUUUCCCCUCAGUCCCAACCACCUUAUCAUGUAUAUCAUCAAGAUGGUCAUCAACCAUCAUCUGCUUCAAGCACAUUAAGUCGUCAACCUCAUUAUCAGCAGGGACCACAACAAAAUGAGGCUCCUUCAGCCACAAGCACAUUACUUCGCCAAUCACAUCAUCAGCAACCACCACAUUUACAUGAACCCCCUUCAGCUUCAAGCACAUUAAGUCGGGACUAUCAACAAUCAGGAAAAGCUCACCAGUCUCAAAUUCAUGGAAGUCAAACUUCUGUAAGUAACAGGCCUGUUUUCACACAACAAGAUAGUGGGCCUCCUCCCUCAUAUCAGACUUACAAACGACAACAUUCCAGAGAUCAGGACAAUAGUGAUACCAUGCGUCGUGAACAAAGUUAUCUUCAAAAGUCCAUGAAUGAGGACCAAAACAAAAACACUUCUCAAGUAACCAGAUCUCAAAGCCAAGUAUCUCAUCACCGCUCAGGUGAUCCUAGACUGACACCAAAGUUAUCACGUAAUGAAAGUGAAAGAUCAGUGGCACGAAGUCAACAUUCCAGAGCUAGCAGUCUUUCUAAUUCACAUCCAAUUCCUGAUGCCAGGGCAACAGAAGCAUCACAUAUAAUUGACUUACUUGAAAAAGAGAUAGUCUAUCUCACAGGUGGUAGAGAUAGACAAGGAGGACCAGUUGUAACUUUUCCACCUCACAGACAACAGCCAAACUUUAACUCAGAAGAUAUCACCACAUGUAUGAACUAUCUGGCACAGAUACCCAGUGAGGAAUCAAUGAGAAGGGGAGUAACUGUUGUAAUUGAUAGUAGAGAUGGUUCCUGGUCCAAUCUGGUAACAGUGUUAGGAUGUUUAAAGGAAUCAUUAGGUGACUUAUUAAAACAAGUACUGGUUGUUAAACCUGACAGUCAUACAGAUAGACGUCCUAGUAGUAAUAGCUUUAGAAGGGACAGACCAAAUAUAGAGCCUCAGUUUGUUUCUGUGAAUCGCCUGUAUACAUUUGUGGAUAGGAACCAGUUGACAGCUAUGUUUGAUGGCACCUUGUCAUAUCGCCAUGAUAUUUGGUUGAGAAACAGACUAGACCUAGAGAAGUUUAUCAGAGAAACGAGAGCAGCAUCUAACCACUUAGACAACGUAGAAUAUCAGAUACACCAGAGACUGAGUAGACGAGAACCAUCAAGUCCGCUAGAGUCCGCUAGACAGCACAAACAUCUACAACAAGAAAUAUUACAUGUGCCUUCUCAAGUUAUCAGGGAUGGUAAGGAUCUGUUAAACAGAUUACACCAUCAAAAUGACAUUGUUAUACCACCUGGUGACGAUGAAGCUGUGAGUACGCUAGACCACUUAGAGGCUCAGAAACAGGUCAAAAGACUGAUCCAAUAUAUGGAGAAUUGUAUUGAAAAGUUAGAGAACUUAUUAGAGGACGAGGACAGAUCUGUUAUCACCAAUCAGAAGUUUGAAGAUUUACAGAGACAUAUCAAAGCAGUUUUGAGCUGGAUAUUAGGACCAGGAGAAAAAUUGUUGGCAUCUCAAACAGACAUUGGUGAUUCUUAUGAAACAGCUGAUGUGUUAAGGAAACGACAUGAAGAGCUAGAAAUAAAGUGUACAGAUACUUAUGGUCAGUAUGCUGAACUACGACAUAAGGCAGAUGAGCUGAUAGCAGAAGAUCCCACUGGAGCAGAAGACAUCAGAUCCACCAGAGAUUAUAUGGAUACAGUGUUCAGGAGUUUUGCCAGCCGUUUAGAAAGACGGAGGAACUUAUUAAUUACAUCCGUUAGGUUCCAUAGGCUUGCACAAGAGGUAUAA